AUUGGAUUAUAGGAAUUAAAACGCAUAUUCCUGAUUGAUGUAACGCAUCCGUUCUUUUGCAGCUUUUGAUUUCCCAUUUUUUAUUUUGCCGCUUACAUUACGAUCUUCGAUUGUUUUUUUCUUGGGUCGAACAAUUCAUUACUGUAUUUAUUUAGCUUUCGACGCAAGAAAUUAAGAACAAUUUUUUUGUGUGUUUCUAUCGAAAUUAGUUUAACACGAUGGAUGAAAGAAUACCAAAAUCAGAUGAAAUUGAAGAGUGGGUGAAAGAGCUCUGGCCCGAUGGCCCAGCUGAUAUUGGCAUGUGGCAGCAUCCAGAACGCACUUCAGCUGAGAGACCAAAUACUUGUCAACUGUCUGCGGAUUCUCAUGCUUAUCCGAGAAAUCCAAGUCAACAUCAGCUAAUGCAGCAUACAUCAACUGGAUUCAAUUCAACUCCCCUCAUGGCAAAACGGGAGCAGGAGUCUUUGCAGAAGCUCUUGGAACCAAAAAAUGGCAUGGUUAUUGAACGUGCACAUCCAAGAUUGCAGAUGCCUUCUCUUCACCAGCCUCAGAAUCUUACGUUGGCAGAUCAACUUAAGCCGCGCAACCAGACGCCUCUUGGCCCUUUACAAGCAUCAGAAUCAACUUCUCAAGUCGACAUGACAAAUUCCAUUGAAUGGGUUAAUUCAGCAUACCACAAGAUUAUGCAGAUUAAGGAGAUGUAUCUAUCUCAAUUUCUCAUGCUACACCACAAAAUGCAAGAACUGAAACGUCAGGCAACCGAUGCUGAGAUGGCGAACAAAUGGGAAAAGAACAGACGCUGUAUAGAAGGGACAAUCAGAUUCCUUAACAUUUCAAAAUCAGAUCUCUUACACAUGAAAAGGGAUAAUGUAUGUCAGAUGGUGGGCGAGGCAGUGAGAUACGCUUCUCAGUUUCAGUUGAGGAAUCCUCUAUACUCGAAGCAGACUCACCAAGUUGAGGCAUCCGGCAAUCACAUAGAAGCACCUCAGAUUCAGCAAAGAGAAAGCCAUCUUCAUUUCAAUAGUUUACACCAGCCUCUGAUAAGGCCAGGAGGGGCUCUGAGCUUGACCCAGAGCUCGAUGAACUCGUUCAACGUAAGCUCAUCAGCAGGCGUACACAAGGUAGAUGCUUCAUCAUCUGUGAACUCCUAUCAGUAUAAUAUGAUGAGACAUACGCAGCCGUGGGCCCCACAGGGAAGCGUGGCUCCAUCACCUCGGAAGGGAGCCUCUCAAGUAGGCUUCGAUCCGAGGGCUCUUAGAAUGCUGCUCCAUCCGUCGAGUGGAGUUUCUCAAUACAAUAAUUUGGGUGCUUCACAGCAGACUGUCACCUCAUCAAGGAAUAUUUUUAACUCAUUGGACUACUCCAUGAGUCCUAUGGCUCAGGCGCCUCUCACGAUGCCUCCUCUGCAGAAUAACCAGCAGGAUCAAGCUAUGAAGAGGCAGAAAAUGAAGCAGCCUGUGCAGCAGUUUAUGAAUGAGAAAAAUAAGCAGCAGAUACUACAGAAAAGAAACGAAGAUACAAAAUUGAGACGUUUUGUAGGAAUCAACCAAAAAUGGUCUCCUGUACUACCACCAAGUUCCUCUCCCUAUGCAAUGUCUCCUCAAAAUUCACAGCAAUCUUCCCCACAGUUUGAGCUCAAGGAAUUAUCUUCGAAGUUUUCCAAAUCAGCUACACCAUCAUUAUCAUCUGCCUCUCCAUCUGCUCUUCCUUCUCCCCUGACUCCAUUGACCCCCUUGACUCCAUCUUCUGUGCCAGCAGAUUGUGUGAAGAGUCCAUUGCUCGAAGAAGGUAGCAAAUUAGCCAAGAAUCCUGUUGCAGCGUCUCAAACCCCUUUGCAAGACACAAACCGCAACCAACUUGCCACGGACACUCAAAGAUCAAUGAAGUCUUGCUUGCAUAGGGAAUCUGCUUCUUCUGGUGACAAGCAGUCAUCAAAGGAUAAAGGAGAUCCACUGAAGCGCUUGAUCGAAGUGGUGAAGUCGGUAUCAUCCAAAGCGCUGAAUGCCACUAUAAGGGAUAUCAAUGUUGUCACCAGUUUAACUGAUAGAGUAGCUGGAAACUUCCUUCGAGGUAAACCAACAAAAGUCAUUUUCUAUAACUUGGCUGAUGACAUAGUUAGCUGCUGUGACGAAGGUACUUCUGCCCUGGAACAUAGCACUGGCAUGAAGUCGAGGAUGAAGCGUGAAUUAGACACCCCGGCUUUGGAUGAUUUUGCCGCAGACACAGAACUUUAUGCAAGCGGUAGCAUAAAGAGACUGAAAACUGAGACUAACAAUCUGCUAUUGGAAGAGAUCAAAGAGAUAAACAAGAAUCUCAUAGAAGUGGUGGUGGAUGUCAUGACUCUGGAGGGUGUUUCUAGGCCAGAAUCAGACGAAGGUACACUCGUCAGAUGCUCGUAUAUACCGGUUGCAUUGUCGGGGAAUAUCAAGAUCACAAACACCUCAAAAUUUAUGUUUCCUAACCUGCUUCUUGACUUGCUUGUUUCUGCCGAUUAUCCAAAUUCGUCUCCUACUGUACUGGAGAAGGUGCCUUCUGGUUUCUGUGAUGCUGAAGAAGGAAGAUAUAUGUGGAUGAAGGCGAAGUCGAAUUUCAUUUUAUCACUGAGAAAGCUCUCUCAGCCCAUGUCAGUUAAAGACAUGGCUGAAGCCUGGGAUGUCUGUGCUCGCGAAGUAUUUCAUGAGCUCGCGGACAAUGCGGGAGGAGGUAGCUUCAGCUCGACGUACGGCAAGUGGGAAAGCUGUGCCGUUGCUGUCUAGCUAUACCUAUAUGUCCCUGACCUUUGUGAAUAACACGAGUUUUCCACUCUCAUUAAAAAAUAAUGUAGAGUUUUGAAAUUGAAAAAGAUAUUCAGUAGUAGUUUGUGCAGACUCUCAUUUCUAUCAUGCUUAUGUUACGCCACUAGAGCACGAAAUGCAGCACAGAUGUUGAGGAACGGGAAUGGUGGGCCGCUUAGCUGUUGCAGGUCCACGACGUAGAACUCUCCACUUGCUCUAUACAGCUGGGGAGAUUAUCAGAGUUUUUAUCAGUAAGAAGAUAUGAAGUGUUAUGUGUUGUAAGAAGAGAUGAUGAUGAUGAUGAUGUCACCUGAGUUUCGAAUUUGAUGGCUGCGUCGCGAGAGGCAGGGACCGAGUAGUGUGAGAGCGGAGGCGACCACAAGCACUUGAUGUUGUAGUGGCCUAUUUUCUUCCAUCUCACAUUCAAGCUGUGGAGAGCCUCGAGAACGUCCGACAUUGUCUUUCGUGGGGACGCCUGAGACUGUGGUGAGCAAUGAGACCACUCUGUCUUGCUGAGUUCUAAGCUCAAGUUGUUGAAUUCAUGAGGGGGAGAUGUUUACCUUGAAACCAAGUGCCCACUUAUCUUGGACAGGGGAAGCUGCUUGAGUGUGGGAUUCCUGCAUCCAACACAACAUGUUUUCUUACACUAUUUUCACUUGUUUUUACAUGGGAUUGAGCAUUUGAAGGAUAAGAUGGCGUAAUAAGUCGAAUGGUAAAUUAGUUUGGAUUAUUUUUAUGUA